AUGGGCUUAUACGCCUUUAGUUUAGCAGGUUCGAACUAUGCUACACCUAUAGCUUGUGGCUGGAUUGCAGAUUCUCUUGGCUUUGCUUGGGUAUUUUACUUACCCGCGAUAUUUCUCGGGGUCCUGUUCAUCUUUCUGUUCUUCUUCAUGGAAGAAACCAACUAUCACCGGAAAACCUCAGGGAUCGUAGCUGGGACAGAAACUCCUCCACCCGAGGCCACGACUGAGGACGACUAUGAGAAGAAUCCAGUGAUUAAGAAUACUGCUACGCCCACCGAAAAUGGCGAGUGGACUCCCGCGCCGAAGACUUAUAUUCAAAAACUGUCAGUCUGGAAGCCCAACCCUGGCCAGAGUAUGAUAUCGCGAGCUAUUCGAAGUCUGAAAUAUUUGACCUGGCCCGUCAUCUUCUACUCCGGCUUCUCCUAUGGCUCAUACUUGAUCUGGUUCAAUGUACUUAACGCUACAGCUUCAAUCAUUCUGGGUGGUUCCCCUUAUAACUUCAGUGCCUCAAUGGUCGGGACAAGUUAUGUGGCCUGCUGCGUAGGCGUGGUAGCAGCUUCAGUAUUGACAGGCCCUUGCAGCGACUGGCUCACCAUCAAAUUGGCACGACGGAACGGUGGUAUCAUGGAAGCAGAACAUCGUCUCUGGCCGUUUGCUAUGUGCGUGAUUGUGGUCCCAGCAUCUCUCAUCCUAUGGGGCGUUGGCGCUGCCAACCAGGUGCACUGGUUCGGAUUAAUAUGUGCCAUGGCUACAUUGGCAUUUGCUGUGACUUGCGGGGUUUCUCUUUCGAUUAACUAUAGGUGA